GGCAUUAAUUGUUCCCCUGGAUGGGUGCUCUCCAUGCAAAAAGGGGGCUGAGGGGUUAGUCUGGUGCUAGCUAUGCAGUUGGAUCAUUGCAUCUCUCCCUCUAUGAUGCUCUCCAAGAAAUUCCUGAGUGUGAACAGCAGCUACCCCCAUGUAGGAGCCUCAGAGCUUGCUUUGCAUGAACAUCCCAUUAUCUCCACUCCUGACAACCUGGAGAGAAGUUCACCUCUGAAAAAAACUACCAGGGGGAUGACGAAUCAGUCAGAUCCAGACAAUUUCCCUGACUCCAAGGAGGCACCAGGGGACGGACAGAGGAGUAAGCUGUCUCCUGUCUUGGAUGGGGUCUCUGAGAUUCGUCAUAAUUUCGAUGGAUCUGCAGCAGAUCGCUAUCUCCUCCCUCAGUCCAGUCAGUCCCAGUCUUCUGCAGCUCCAACUACUAUGUUCCCUUAUCCCAGUCAGCAUGGACCGGCUCACCCAGCUUUCUCUAUCGGGAGCCCCAGCCGCUACAUGGCUCACCACCCGGUCAUCACCAAUGGAGCUUAUAACAGCCUCCUGGGCAAUUCCUCCCCUGGCACCGGAUACCCUGGCACCGGAUACCCUUACACGCAGCAGUACGGGCACUCCUACCAGGGGCCACCCUUCUACCAGUUCUCCACCGCUCAGCCCGGACUGGUGCCCGGCAAGGCUCAGGUCUAUCUGUGCAACAGGCCCCUAUGGCUCAAGUUCCACCGGCACCAGACCGAGAUGAUCAUCACCAAGCAGGGCAGACGUAUGUUCCCCUUCCUAAGUUUUAAUGUCUCGGGUCUGGACCCCACAGCACAUUAUAACAUUUUUGUAGAUGUGAUUCUUGCUGAUCCCAAUCAUUGGAGAUUUCAAGGGGGCAAAUGGGUUCCUUGUGGCAAAGCGGACACCAAUGUACAAGGUAACAGGGUUUACAUGCACCCCGAUUCCCCCAACACAGGAGCUCACUGGAUGCGACAGGAAAUCUCCUUUGGGAAGAUGAAACUUACUAAUAAUAAAGGGGCCUCCAACAAUAAUGGACAGAUGGUGGUGUUACAGUCCUUACACAAGUAUCAGCCCCGGCUGCAUGUUGUGGAGGUGAAUGAAGAUGGCACAGAGGAUACCAGCCAACCUGGCAGAGUGCAGACCUUCACCUUCCCGGAGACUCAGUUUAUAGCUGUCACUGCCUAUCAGAAUACUGAUAUAACCCAACUAAAAAUCGAUCAUAAUCCGUUUGCCAAGGGAUUUCGGGACAAUUAUGACACGAUCUACACCGGUUGUGAUCUGGACCGCUUAACCCCUUCACCCAAUGACUCCCCUAGAUCUCAGAUAGUCCCCGGUGCCCGGUACUCUAUGGCCAGCUCCUUUCUCCAGGACCAGUUCGUCAGUAACUACGCCAAAUCUCGCUUCCAUCAUCCGGGCUCGGUGCCAGGGCCAGGUACAGACCGCAGUGUUCCUCACACCAAUGGGCUACUUUCCCCUCAGCAGGGCGAGGACCCGGGGGCUCCUUCUCCGCAGCGCUGGUUUGUGACCCCGGCUAAUAACAGACUGGACUUUACAGCCGCAUCCGCCUAUGACACUGCUACAGACUUCGCCGGUAACGCGGCUACUUUAUUGUCUUACGCUGCCGCGGGAGUCAAGGCUCUUCCUUUACCGACGGCCGCCUGCGCGGGGCGCCCCUUAGGUUACUACAGUGACCCUACUGGGUGGGGAGCGCGGAGCCCACCCCAAUAUUGCACCAAAACCGGAUCCGUGUUGUCUUGCUGGGCUCCAGGGGCCAGAGUAGGAGCUUCAAACCCCUACUUAUCUGGUACAGAAGAAGCCGACACCUUAGCUUCAGAUAGGUCCCCACUGGGAGAGGACACCAAACCCAAAGACCUAGCUGACUCUAGCUGGAUUGAAACCCCUCCCUCAAUCAAGUCUUUGGACUCCUCGGACUCCGGAAUUUAUGAACAGGCAAAGAGAAGGCGACUCUCUCCUUCUGACCCGGCUGUGUCUGGUAGUUCUUCACCUCUGAAAAGUGAAGUUCUGCCCUCUAGAGACUGCGAGAAGAACUGUGCCAAAGACCUUGGUUAUUAUGGCUUCUAUGCCCACACUUAAAUGAGCCACUGCCUAAAUUAGCCCAUCAGCUAAGGUUUGCCACCUUAAGGACAAUAAAUGACCAAGUCUUUUGCAGUGGUCUUUAGAACUUCACCUACGUCUUCUGACGAAUAAAGGAGGCUCUGCAUAUAACAAGAAGUGCUAGAUGGUGGGUAAGACCACCAACCAUUUAUAUUUUGCUGCCAAGUUGGGAACACGUCCUAGAACUAUUUAAGUCACCGCACUGACACCUAUUUAUUCCUAUUAUGCGUUUCACUUCUUCACUACCUAGAAUUAUGUGACAAACCACUUGUGACAGUGGUUCAGCACCAUGGACCUAGUUGGGUUCAGCAUCAUGGACCUUAUUGGGUUCAGCACUAUGGACAGUGGAGGUUUCAGCACCAUGGGCAACAGUAGCUCCAGCACCAUGGACAAUGGUUGGGUUCAGCACUAUGGACAAUGGUUGGGAUCAGCUCCAUGGACAAUGAUUGGGAUCAACACCAUGGACAAUGGUUGGGUUCAGCACCAUGGACAAUGGUUGGGUUCAGCACUAUGGACAAUGGUUGGGUUCAGCACCAUGGACAAUGGUUGGGUUCAGCACCAUGGACAAUGGUUGGGUUCAGCACCAUGGACAAUGGUUGGGUUCAGCACUAUGGACAAUGGUUGGGUUCAGCACUAUGGACAAUGGUUGGGUUCAGCAUUAUGGACAAUGGUUGGGUUCAGCACCAUGGACAAUGGUUGGGUUCAGCACUAUGGACAUUGGUUGGGUUCAGCACCAUGGAAUGCAAUGGCGGCUGACUUUAGCUUGAAGGCACAGGACCUAAUACACUCAGCUGCCUUCUUAUGGCAGCUUUUAUUUGUAGCAAGUCGUGUUGGAGAUACUGUCUGCUCCCAACCUUACACCAUACAGCGCUUCCUCCCAUGGCAAAUAUCCUUCAUGGUAGGGAUGUUGAAUGAACUGUCAAUGAUCCAUUUAUAAAUACUUUUUAAGUUUGUGAAGUCACCAGCAAAAUGCAUCAUGUCCUAUUUUAUUAACUUAUUCAUUUAAUCAUUUAUUGAUUUACUUAUUUAUGUGUCUUCUGCAUCAAUUCUGCUGUAUUGACCACGUACAAAGAAUAAUGUUUACAUGUUUACAUAGUGGACAUCACCCGAGUAUGGUAUUCCACAAUUCUUCAGACAACUUGCACAUAUUUGUGUCAUAAUAUUCUUUCUAUUCUUGUUUUUCCCUCUCCUCAUGCUACAAUUUUAUAUUUUAUUCUAUUUUUUGUGCCAACCGCAAGACUUUGCCAAAAAACAGACUAGCAUAAAAUAAUUCAGUUUUUAUUUGAAGCCAUCGUAUAACUUUUAGUUAUUUCUCAAAAUACUUUUUUUAUUGAUUUAUUUAAAAUUAAAGUUUAGCUCUCAAGUUUUUAUCCUUAAUUUUUUUGCGUGUAAAAUAAUUCUUUUUUUAUAAUAAAAAACAAAACAAAGCCAAACAACAACAUUUUGGUCUGGACUGCUGGUGACAUAGUGUAGUGGAAAUAAAGUGUGAAUUGUAUACUUAAUAAAUUCUGGGGACAUUUGUCAUUUUUUUUCUAUUGAAUAGAUGUCGGGAGAGAAAAGUCUCGCUGUAUUUAUUUAUUUAUUUUAUUUUUUAUUAUUUUUUUUUUAUCUCAGUCAUGUUUAAAGAUGAAAAAACAAAAAAAAAAAAAUAACAAAAAAAAAAAAAAAAACAUAA